GCCAUCUUCCCAGGGCGGGCGGCGGUGCCGAGUGCGCGGCGGCGGGUCCGCUCCGGGGCUGCGGGGGGGCCGCGCCCCCGCCCCGCCACCGUGUGAGGGAGCCGGGGGGGAGGAGGAAAGCGAGAGGGAGAAAGCGACCGGGAGGGCGGGGUGUGGAGGCAGCUCCCGCGGCUGGGCGUGUGCCCGGCCCCCGGUGCUGCGUGACCGCGCGGGAGGAGCAGGAGGAGGAGUGUGGGUGCGGGGAAUUUCCUUGUGUGGCGGCGGAGGAACAACACCGCUCCAGACGGCGGGGCUGCGAGGAGGGCGCUGCCGCCGCCGCUGGUUGCCGAGCGAUGUGAGGGGGAGCCCCCCCUGCGCCCUCCCCUCCCUGCCCCUGGAGCCGCCUGCUUUCCCCCUCCCUCCCCUCGCUCAUCCCCGCCCCGCCAUGCCGGACCAGAUCUCCGUGUCGGAAUUCGUGUCCGAGACCAAUGAGGAUUACAAGUCACCCACCGCCUCCAACUUCACCACCCGGAUGGCCCAGUGCAGGAACACGGUGGCGGCCAUCGAGGAGGCUCUGGAUGUUGACCGAACUGUUCUCUAUAAAAUGAAGAAAUCUGUCAAAGCCAUAAACUUAUCUGGUCUGGCUCAUGUGGAAAAUGAAGAACAGUAUACACAAGCACUGGAGAAGUUUGGUGGCAACUGUGUUUGCAGGGAUGACCCAGAUUUGGGAACAGCGUUUUUAAAAUUUUCUGUGUUUACAAAGGAAUUAACUGCACUCUUCAAAAAUUUGAUUCAGAAUAUGAACAACAUAAUCACUUUUCCAUUGGACAGUUUGCUGAAGGGAGACCUGAAAGGAGUAAAAGGGGACCUGAAAAAACCCUUUGAUAAAGCUUGGAAGGACUAUGAAACAAAAGUUACAAAAAUAGAGAAGGAGAAAAAAGAGCAUGCUAAACUGCAUGGGAUGAUUCGUACAGAAAUAAGUGGAGCUGAAAUUGCAGAAGAGAUGGAGAAAGAAAGAAGGUUCUUCCAAUUACAGAUGUGUGAGUACCUUCUGAAAGUCAAUGAAAUCAAGAUUAAAAAAGGAGUGGACUUGCUUCAGAACUUGAUCAAGUAUUUUCAUGCUCAGUGCAAUUUCUUUCAGGAUGGAUUAAAAGCAGUUGAAAGUCUCAAGCCUUCAAUUGAGACACUCUCAACAGAUCUUUAUACAAUCAAACAAGCACAAGAUGAAGAACGAAGACAAUUAACACAGCUCAGAGAUAUUUUAAAAUCAGCACUCCAAGUUGAUCAGAAAGAGGAUUCUCAGCUUCGGCAGAGCACAGCUUACAGUUUACACCAGCCUCAGGGAAACAAGGAGCAUGGCACCGAGCGCAGUGGCAGCCUGUACAAGAAAAGUGAUGGAAUCAGAAAAGUGUGGCAAAAAAGGAAGUGCUCGGUUAAAAAUGGUUUUCUUACAAUUUCCCAUGGUACAGCUAACCGACCUCCAGCAAAACUCAAUCUGUUAACCUGCCAAGUGAAAACAAACCCAGAGGAGAAAAAGUGUUUUGACCUCAUAUCACAUGACAGAACAUAUCACUUUCAAGCAGAGGAUGAACAGGAAUGUCAAAUAUGGACAUCUGUGCUACAAAACAGCAAAGAGGAAGCUUUAAAUAAUGCAUUCAAAGGCGAUGAUAACACAGGAGAAAAUAAUAUUGUCCAGGAACUGACAAAAGAAAUUAUAUCUGAAGUCCAGAGGAUGACUGGAAAUGAUGUUUGUUGUGACUGUGGAGCACAAGAUCCUACCUGGCUUUCAACAAAUUUGGGAAUUUUAACUUGCAUUGAAUGCUCAGGAAUCCAUAGAGAACUUGGUGUUCACUAUUCCAGAAUGCAAUCACUUACAUUAGAUGUGCUGGGAACAUCUGAACUUUUGCUUGCAAAGAAUAUUGGGAAUGCUGGAUUUAAUGAGAUUAUGGAAUUCUGUCUUCCAGUCGAUGAGAUGGUCAAACCUAAUCCAAGCAGUGAUAUGAAUGCAAGAAAAGAUUAUAUUACUGCCAAGUAUAUUGAGAGAAAAUAUGCAAGGAAGAAGCAUGCAGACAAUGCAGCUAAAUUGCAUGCUCUUUGUGAAGCAGUGAAAUCAAGAGACAUUCUUGGAUUAGUUCAAGUGUAUGCUGAUGGCGUGGAUCUCACAGAAAAAAUUCCACUGGCCAAUGGCCAUGAGCAGGAUGAAACAGCGCUGCACCUUGCUGUUAGAUCAGUUGAUCGAACAUCCCUUCAUAUAGUUGACUUUUUAGUGCAGAACAGUGGCAAUCUAGAUAAGCAAACCUGUAAAGGCAGCACAGCCCUGCAUUAUUGCUGUCUAACAGACAACGUUGAGUGCCUCAAACUGCUGCUGAGAGGGAAGGCUUCUAUUGAAAUAGCAAAUGAAGCAGGAGAGACGCCACUUGAUAUAGCUAAACGUUUAAAACAUACUCACUGUGAAGAGUUGCUUACUCAAGCACUGUCUGGAAGAUUUAAUUCUCAUGUUCAUGUAGAAUAUGAAUGGCGGUUACUUCAUGAAGAUCUGGAUGAAAGUGAUGAUGAUGUGGAUGAAAAGCUUCAGCAACCGAGUCCCAACCGGAGAGAGGACAGGCCUGUCAGCUUCUACCAGCUUGGAUCAAACCAACUUCAGCCUAAUGUAGCAUCCUUGGCAAGAGAUGCAGCAAACAUUGCUAAGGACAAGCAAAGGGGAUUUAUGCCAAGUAUAUUACAGAAUGAAACAUAUGGAGCAAUACUCAGUGGCAGUCCACCUCCCAUUCAGCCUGCAGUACCUGUUACAAGCAGUGCACCUCCUCUACCUCCAAGGAAUAUUGGCAAAGUUCAGCCUUCAGUUCUUGGCAGUGGUAUUCAGACAAUUUCUUCAUCUAAUGCAAUGUGGAAGACAAAUUCUUUAGGAGUGGAAAGUGUAAGCAGGCAGAGGUCUUCAUCAGAUCCACCAGCUAUUCAUCCCCCUGUGCCGCCAUUGCGUGUAACAUCUACAAAUGUACUUUCUCCAGCACCACCACCUCCAGUGGCAAAGACAGCCAGCAUUAUAGAAGCUUUGAACCAGCAAUCGAAACAGCAGCCAGCUCCUCCACAAACCAAGCCAACCCCACCACCACUGCCCCCACAGCCUCCUAGCAGGAUCUCUCAGAGAAAGCCUAUUCCUGGGACUGAGAAGUCAUCUGGCUUAACUAACAAAGGGCAGACCAGAGGACUUGGGUCUCUACAACAACCUGGAGAAUCAUCUUCUGUAUGUGACAUUCCAGGAACACAGACUGGAUCUACAGCAAAUACUUUGGCACAAAUCCAGCCACCAGCACCAAUGCCAAGGAAAUCACAAAUAUCAAAAACUAAACCCAAGAGAGUAAAAGCAAUUUACAACUGUGUAGCAGAUAACCCAGAUGAGCUGACUUUUUCAGAGGGAGAUAUUAUUGUAGUUGAUGGUGAAGAAGAUCAGGAGUGGUGGAUUGGUCAUAUUGAUGGAGAUCCCAGUCGAAAAGGAGCUUUCCCUGUAUCAUUUGUGCACUUUAUUGUUGACUAGGUUGCUACUGAUAAGUGGAGACAUUUCUCAUUUCCAGCAGUCACAGAAAUAAGUUUUGUUCUAUUUCAUUUCACCUACCUAUCUGCAGCCACCUUGCCAGAGCACUGCCCAAGUCCUAGGUACUGUAGCUUACUUUUUUAUUGCCAUUGUUCUGAUUUUGGGACUUUUAAACUUUUUUCUAUGUGAAAACUUCUCAUAAGCAGUUUACACUUUUAAAAAAAACUUCCUGUAUUUUUCAAGGUGAACUGAAAAGCUUUAACAAUCAAAAUCCACAUGUCUGAAUAUCACAACUUUAUGAAUGUUCUUAUUGAUCAAUUCACUGUAAUUUUAUUCUCUCUUUUGUAAGAUGACAGUACAACAGUUCAGUGUUGCUUCCCCAGUCAAAGAAAUUGUGUGUGCAUCUACCAGGGCAGUGAAUUUACCCAGUUCUUGACACCAUUUGAAGUGUUGGAACCAAAACAUGCAAGCUGCUGUGUGGUUUUUAAAUGGACUCAUUCAGUAGCUUGUCAUACUGGCUGUCAUCAAGGAUGCCGACAGUUGCAAAGAAAUUGUUUUAAUUAUGUGUCUUUGGCCAGGUGAAAAAGUAUUUCAGUUUACCACAGGAGAAACUUUCUUUCAGAAUGGAUGUAGAUAUUUGCUUAAAGUUAUCUGAAAUCUGUGUUAAUCGUUGAACUUUCUAGUUCUAAUUUUGUGAGCUUGAGACUGUUUUGUUUUUCUAUGCUGCAUGUGUGUAGAACCUGUUUUUGAAUGUUCUUUAUGUAUGUUACAUCCGUUUUGGUCAUUUAAUGUGACUACUGCUGGUUAACUAUGGCAAUAUUAAUGAGUUACUUCAUUAACUCAAGGAUUUGAAAACUGCACUUCCUGAAAUGUACUUAACUAUAAUGAUGGAUUGCAGAACAUUUCUCACGCUCGUCUCAUUAUAGCAUUUAGACUUUGUUUUUAAAUUCUUGAAUUUUCUUUAAAUCAUCCAGCAAUGUGUUCACAGAGAGAACAUAUUUGGUGGGACACUUAGGUAAUUAUCCUUGGUCAGUAAGAUACCUGACACCUCUCAAGUUCGCUACGUCAUGUUCUGGUUUAUGAAAUUUGUGUGCCACUACCUUGCAAACGAUGAUAGUUUGCCAACUCACUCUGUAUUUAUAUAGAAUACCCACAUAUAUGGUAGCUACACUGUUGUUAAACUUGUUUUACUGAUUUGUGAACAAAAGCUAGGCCAUGGAUAGUUCCCAGUUAGUUGAUGGAAUAUAAAACACCAAUACAGAUCUGACAUCAUUUUGAUGUUUGUAUAUUGUGAAAUUGUACCAGGUUUUGCUUAUGCUACAGGAAACAACUGAGGCAUAGGAUAUAGAAAAUCAAUGUCUAGGUCACAUUGGCUUUGAUCACAUUAUGUGAACAUUGUAUCUCUAGAUUUAUCAAGAGAGCUUUGAAUUUCUGGCAAAUGGUGCUUAAAUUGACCAUUUCACAUUGGAAGGAAUGGAAAACAGGCCACCACCAUCUGUGCUUACUUGGAGAAAAACCACACUGUGAAAGUGCUGGAAGAGCAACACUGAUCUCACCCCGUGUCACCCUUCCUAACUGGUACCGCUGGUUGAUGCCUCCCGGGCGUGUGGGUACAACCACGUAGAUGUGUGACUUUCACUUCCUAGAUGCUGUUGCUGCAGUAUAAAUGGGGAACAAACUGGAAUGUUUCAAGAUAUUUUUAUUGCAAGUUGAAGCAAAUUAGUCUGUAUUUUCAAAGUUCCCAGUAAAAUGAUAGAGUAAUAGUUUAGCACUACAGUUUUAUUCACUUACUGAUACAUUCAGUUUGCAACACUAUUUUGUAUGUUUCUAUCCCUGAUAGAGUCUAGAGAGUAAAUGGGCAUAUUAUUUUGCACAGAUCUCCUAAUGUACAGUAUUUUUAACACAGAAUCUUAUAGUGUAUGUAACAAUUCGUAAGAUUAAAAAAUGAUAAAUUUCCCUUGAGUUCUGCUAGAAGAGGAAUAGAGUAAAAUGUCACAAUUUUGUUCACUGGACACUUAAAAACCAGGAAACUUGUGGACUACAACUUAAUAGCACUAACAGUGCAGACAGAUAAAAUCCCAAGGACCAAUAAGGAGCAGCUAAGCAAAAUUUUUCCUUGAUUUUCUGUUUCUCAAAAGGUUUUCUCCUCUGGCAGAGAAAAAUGAAAUUCUAGAGCCUGUAGAUAUCUAUUUAUAAUAUAAAAUUAAGAAUUUUAAGUCCAAAAUUUUGGCAUAUUUCAUACAACUUUUCAAAUCUGAUUCAAAAAAUCUGUUAAUAGACAGACUAUUAGGUUGCUGUGUUAACUGUUUAAAAGGAGCAAGUGACACUUAAAAUGCAGCUUAGAAUGCUAUGAGAUGUAUAAUAUUCAAUUCAGUUGUUUUUAUUUUGUUUAGUUGCAGAGCAACUGUAUAUAUUGUAUAACCUAAAAUCAACUCUUAUUUUCAAUGUCCUGGAUGCAGUGAUUUAUAAUUAGAGCAUGAUUAAUAAAUUUUACUCUUGUUAACCAGUCAAAUGUCUGGAAAAAUAAAACUACUUUUAAAAUCA